CAGCGACCGCAGCGUCGUCUCGACAAACGACGUGCGAUUCAUGAGGUGGUAAGGUCAGACGAGAAAGCGGAAAGAGAGGAAAAAGCGAUCGCACACGGCGAUAUUUCGAUCGAAGUUUCUUCGAGAACGUUCUCUCUCCAUUUCAACGUUUUUAAAUCGAAGUGACAAUGGCGAAGCUGAGCUUCAAGGUGUAUCUAGUAAAUGAGAAUCCUGCACCAUGGAACCAUACGGAAGUGCGCAGAUUCGGCGUCGACGCUGACGUCGCGACGAAUUUCGUGUAUCUGCGCGAGAAAUUGCAAACCAUCUUUCCGAGCCUGCGAAGCAAGAAUUUCCUCAUCACCUGGAAAGAUGAUGAAAAUGAGGCCAUUACCAUAUCUACAAACGAAGAAUUGGAGAUUGCAUUGCAGGAGAUGGGGCACAAAGAUAUCUACAAACUAUACAUCUCCCCGCUGUCAGAACGAGAAGCAUUGGACAUGUCAAAGAUAGAAAAAAUACUGCAUCCUGGUGUGGUAUGUGACGUAUGUGACAAGGAUAUCCAUGGUUUUCGUUUCAAGUGCAUGGAAUGUCCAGAUUAUGAUUUAUGCAAUGAUUGUAUGUCGCUCGGCAAUCAUCCGGAGCAUUACAUGGUCCGCAUGACACAGCCGAUCGAGUGGUCGAGCUACCAUGGCCGCCGUCUUGCUCACCACGUGCGCAAGUUCAUGAAGAAGUCGGCGCAGCAUUACAAAGAGGAAGAGCGUAAAUACCACCACAAGAGUAAGCGAAGUGGCUGUCCGGCGUUCAGCGCAGAUGGUAAAUUUGGCCUUUUUGAUCCAUCUGUCGUAAACUUAGUGGAGAAUUGCAUAAUAGAUAUGUUUACUGCUCCGUCAGACGAAAGUCACGAGCAGAAGCGGACUAAGGAGCAACACAGAGAACCAUCUGCAGAGGCGGCGACCGAGGCAACGGAGGAUUCUCAGCAGGAAGCAACCAGGCACUCUUUCUCACAAUUGUUAAAGAUCGUCGAGGACAACAUCGCCAACAUCUCGCAGUUCCUGGAUCCACUUGGUAUCAACGUCACCGUGAUGGCCGAUAACGAUUCCACUAAGAAGCCCGCAGAAAACACGCAGAAGACUAGCACGCAAAAACCUGAGCCCCGCGCGUCUUCGGAGGACUCCACUAAGAAAUUUCCCGGUGAAGGAAAGAAGCUGCGUGACGAUUCUGUAAGUCCUGCAGCUGUUCCUUCAACAGAUAAUGCAUCGAUACAAAAGGAAUCGGCCGCUGUUGCAACAACCUCUGCUGAACAAGCAGCCGAAGCUGAGGAAUGGACAAUGAUACAACGUGAAAGUCCCGAUAUCAGCCGCGCUUCAUCUACUUCCUCCUCCUUGAAUGGAAGUGGAACAACGCCUAAGCAGACUACACCAUCUGUACCGACAGCACCCAUGGCAGAACCAGAGAAAACGCCGUCAAAUCAGAAAAUCUAUCCAUCCUUACCUGAAGAAAGACACGAGGUGUAUCAUCCAAAUCCUAAGAUCCAACGAGCCGUAGAAGCGAUGAUGGCAAUGGGAUUCUCUAACGAUGGUUCAUGGCUCACCCAUCUAUUAGUUACACAAAAUGGUGACAUCGAUAAAGCACUGGAUAUAAUACAUCCGGUGGUACGCCGUUAUUAAGAGAAUGGGGCUAAAACUUUAGUUAAUAAUAGUUUAUGUAAAAAAACAGUAAAAUAACAUCGUCUAUGCUUUCAAUAGUUUAUAUAAUAGUUUGUAAUUAUUAUUAAUUAUACAAGGGUAAAUAUAAUAAAAAGUUCAUUUAAUUCAACUAAUGUCGAUAAACCCAAAAAAUUGAACUAAAAAUUUGAAACUUUUUUUAUUAUUACAAUGUUUAAAAUAUUUGUCGUGUUGAUCUAUGCAUGUAAUCUUCAUGAAGCUUAUUUAGGCUUCUUCUAAUUUUUAAAUCAUUGUUUCGCGAAAUAUGUUUUUUUUAUUCUUUCUAUGAUAUUUUUUGGAAGAUAUUUGGACAAGAGUAAAAAAAGCUAAAUUACUUCAAUGUCCUACCAUUCUUUCCCCUUUUCUCUAAUCAUUGCCGAGAAAAACAUGGUGAACUUUUUAUUAGACUCAUCUUGUAUGUCUUUUUUAAUAUGCUGAUUUUAUUUUGCAUGUUCUAUAAUUUUGUUUUUAAAAUUUGAACUUUAAAUUUAUUCUUAACAAAUCGCGUAUCAAUAAUACUUCAUUAUAUCUGUAUUGUACCUAACUUUAUAUUUUCAACUUAUACUAUAUUAUCUUACAAAAGAUAAUUACUGUUCAUGUAACAUAUAUUAUAUCUAUAUUCUUAAUGUUAUCAACAUAAGACGUUAGAACAUAUUUUGGUGUGUGGAUUAUUAUUUUUGUUAUUAUUAUGUAUGACCUUUUAAUAAAGCAGCAUGAAACAUCGAAA